GGUUUUUAUAGAUAAUAAUUUUUUUCUUCCUACGCAACAAUUUAUCAAUAAUUUAUGUUUUAAUAAUUUUUGUUUUAAGAUGUUGUCUGAUUCUGAACCGGUACUAUUUGGUGGUCCGUACACCUUAAACCAAAACGGCUUCCCUUGUACGGAUCAAAAUAUUCGAGGGUCCAUCUUAACGAAGACUUUGCGUUCAAGAAGUUUUACCCCAAUCAAUCUCCAUUACACCUGUUUGAUCUCUAAUUGGUUGAUUGGUUAGCUGAUCGUCGCGGAGAUUGAUCGAAUUGAGCCCUAGAGUCUGAUUGAAGAAAUUCUAGGGCAAUGUUAAUCCCUUAGAAAAAAAAAAAGUGAAAAUGGAAGAAAAGAGAAGAUUACCAUCAUGGAUGAUAGGUGCAUCGACAACUAAUAAAGUGAGUAAAACCCUUGACAAGGAUGUGAACGAUAAGGCGGAAUUGAAUCUUGGGACCAAAUCUGCAAUACCCAGAGGAAAAGGCGUAUCCCUGAAGCACAAAAAAGAGUUCUGCCCUUCUAGUGAUGACAAGAGUUUUCUAGUCAAGUGUGAAACAAAAAGAAAGAAAAGAGGAACUGAUGAAAAAGAUGUGAAUGAGUCUCAUGACUUCAAGCAAGAAGUCGUUCUUGAGAAGAAAAAGCUUCGAAAGGUUAGGAGGAAGGUUGAAGAACCCAACCAUUCAAGAACAAAGGAAGAACAUACAGCUCAAUCUUCUGAUGAAGAUGAUGAGGAUCUGACCAUUGAUGAUCUAUUAAGCAUUGCAAAACAGUUUGUUGAAAAUGAAAAGAGUGAUAUGAAUCACCAGAAGUCAUCAGAAGGACUAUUAAAAAGAAAGUCUUCACAUUCUUCUUCUUCUUCUUCUGUAAUCAAAACUUCCCUCAAUGCCCCUCAAGCUACUAAAUCACCUGCCCAGGAAGAAACUGCUUUACAUUAUGAGUCUACUGAGACUACAACAGGGGAUGCAGCUCAAGACAUGCUUGAUUUGCUUUUGGGGCCUUUACUAAAGAAAUCAAUAAGAAAAGAAGAGGAUACUUCAAUUAAGGAUAUGAUUGUUACCCAUGAAGUUGAGAAUCUACAACAACAUGAUGCUGUUGUUUCCAACAAACCACUCAACCUAACAAAGAAGAAAAGCAGCCUCAGGGAUGCAGUAGCAAUGCUUCUUGAUUGAGAAAGCUUACAUACAGAUACAGGAUUUUAUGAAGUUUUUAGCUUGUAAAUAUAAUAUAUAGAACAUGUUUUUGAAGUUUUUGCACUGGUUGAUUGUGAGAUUGAAGAUAUAUAUAGGAGGGUGUGGUUUAUGUCAUUUUAGUGAUUUAUAUUUAAAAUUAAGUAAAUAUAUUAGAGAGCAGCAUGUGUCUUGUGUAACAUGGACUUUAUCUAUAGGUUCUCAGAGUUUAUUUUUGUAUUGAAAGGCCUUUAGCAUAAGAAAUGUAGAUUCUUUUUAUUAUAAUUAUAUGCAGUUUUUUUUACAAAAGAGCGGGAGAGGUUUAUUUAAAAUUGAGCUUCUCUUAUAAAAAUAAUAUGAUUUUGAGGUGAC